AUGCGUGCUUUUUUAGUCCUGUGCUUAGUGGCCGUGGCAAGUGCCGAUAAAUUGGGCUACAACUACCAGCCAGUGGCUCAUUCGGAUUCUGGAUUAUCGUUUGCCCCUGGCAGUGAUGCUUCGCAUGGCGGUGGUGGUGUUGCUUCUCACGGCAGUGUUGGCGCUCCCUCUCUAAACAGUGCUCCUUCAUAUGACUCCGGCCGUAACUCGUACGAUUCUGGCAUCAGCUCAUAUGAUGCCCAAGGUUCGAAUGGUUCACCCUCCCUUGGAGCCCAAGGCGAACUUCAAAAGGAAUUCAUUACUUUCUCUGCCGACGAAGAAGAGUUCAAUGAUCCCGAAGCCACCAAUCAAUUCGCUAAUGCUGUCAAGCAAGGUUUACGCGUUGUUUUUAUCAAGGGUCCCGACAACAACGGUCUCGAAGAUGCUGCCUUGGCUUUGGCCAAACAGGCUGCCAAUCAACAGACUGCCAUCUAUGUCCUUAACAAGCAAACUGAUCUUUCCGAUUUGGCCAACAAAUUGAAUGCCGUCAGUGAUAACAGCAACAACAAGCCCGAAGUUCACUUUGUCAAAUAUCGCAGCGCCGAAGAUGCCGACAAUGCCCAAAGAGCUAUCCAGGGUCAAUAUGAUGCUUUGGGAGGUCAAUCGCAAAAUAUCAAUGGCGGUGUUGCCCCCGUACUAAACUUUGCCUCCCAGGCUCCACUUGCUGCUCGCUCGGCUUCUGCUCCUGGUGCAAGCUACCUGCCCUCAUCUGUUUUCCGUCGUUUCCGUGCGUAA